ACCAAUCACAGCGCUGCGUAUGAGGGCGCGCUGUGCUGUCUGUCGCUUUUCGGGAAAAGCUUCGUCGUGUCUGAUGCGUUGAAAGCGCACUUUUCUGUCCGGGAGGAAGCAGCGAGUUACCGGCAGCACAGAACCCCCCCCCGCCGCAGGGACAAUGAGGCGCACACGAAGCUCCCGCAGCCGGGCAGAGAGUACCGACGCCGCGGUGUGGCAGUGGGAGGGGGAUGGGGGGCAGUAUGUGCAGUACCCGCCCUCAGCAUGUGCCCAGCUGGACCGGGCGGUACAGGCAGGCCGGAGCUCGGUCUCUCUGACACUGGGCACCGGCUCCACGUACACCGUGGACCUGAGGAAGAUGGUCCAGAUCAACACUGCCACUAAAUAUCAGAGAAAGAUCCGCUCACUAACACUGAAAGCAGAGAGUGGAAGCAAUGCUGUCAGCUCAGCCAGUCAGGAUCUCUGCCCCGCCCCCAUUAAAGAGGAGGAAGAGGAAGAGCUACCGGUUGCUAAGAGGAGGCGGGGUGAGGGGAGGAGUCAGAAGGCUGAAAAAGAGGCACCUGCUGACACUACAGACAGCAAAGAGGUUGUGAAGACGGUUGUGAUGAAGGGGAAGGCUCCAGUGGACCCUGAGUGUUCAGCCCUGCUGGGGAAGGCACAUGUUUACAGUGAAGGAGAUGAUGUCUAUGAUGUCAUGUUAAACCAGACGAACCUUCAGUUCAAUAACAACAAGUACUACCUGAUCCAGUUACUGCAGGAUGACAACGCCAAGAACUACAGUGUGUGGAUGAGAUGGGGGAGAGUGGGAAAGGUCGGGCAGCACAGUCUAGUCUCCUGUGCUGGAGACCUCUGUCAAGCCAAAGAAGUCUUUACCGAAAAGUUCUUUGACAAAACGAAAAACGAGUGGAAAAAUCGUGCUGCCUUCGAAAAAGUGGCGGGAAAAUAUGACAUGGUGUUUAUGGACUACAGCGCCAACGAUCAGGGGACGGAGGCCCCGGUGCAGCCUGCAGCUCCAGUAGCUCCACUGCCCCAGAGGAAGCCCUCGCAGCUGGACAGCAGGGUGCAGGCCCUGCUGGAGCUCAUCUGCGACAUCAAGGCCAUGGAGAAGUGUGUGCUGGAGAUGAAGUUCGACACCAAGAAGGCUCCGCUCGGGAAGCUGACAGUGGAGCAGAUCAGAGCGGGAUACGCGUCUCUCAAGAGGAUUGAGGAUUGUGUGAAGAAGAAACUCAGCAGCAAGGAGCUGCUGGAGGCCUGCAACCAGUUCUACACCCGCAUACCCCACGACUUCGGGUUGCGUACCCCUCCCUUAAUCCGCACAGAGGAGGAGCUGAAGGAGAAGAUUGCAUUGCUGGAGGCUCUCAGUGAUAUACAGAUAGCAGUGAAGAUGGCGGAGUCGGAUGCAGACAGUGUGGAGCACCCUCUGGACCGACAGUACGGCUCCCUCCGCUGCCGGCUGCAGCCUCUGGCCCCCGACAGUCAGCAGUACAAGGUGAUAGAGCAGUACCUGCAGUCCACACACGCUCCCACCCACAGCGAUUACACCAUGAGCAUCCUGGACAUCUUCACUGUGGAGCGAGAAGGAGAGGCGGACAGCUUCCACACACAGCUGCACAACAGGGCGUUGCUGUGGCAUGGCUCCCGGAUGUCUAACUGGGUGGGGAUCCUGAGUCAGGGCCUGAGAGUGGCCCCCCCGGAGGCCCCCGUCACUGGAUACAUGUUUGGGAAGGGGAUCUACUUUGCAGACAUGUCAUCAAAAAGCGCCAACUACUGCUUCACCAACCAGAAGAACAACACAGGCUUGCUGCUGCUCUGUGAAGUUGCCCUGGGCGACAGUAACGAGCUGCUGGUAGCAGACUACAGUGCAGACCGUCUCCCAGAGGGGAAACACAGCACCAAAGGCUUGGGCCAGACGGCCCCCGACCCCAGCACCGCCGUCACCCUGGAUGGAGCCACUGUGCCGAUGGGUCCGGCCGUGAGGACGGGGGUGGGGCAGGGAGGUGGUUACACCCUCCUGUAUAACGAGUUUGUGGUGUAUAACCCGGCGCAGACGCGCAUGCGAUACCUGCUGAAGGUGCAGUUUAACUACGCAUCACUGUGGUAGGGAGCGCAGCGGACUCCCC